AUGCCUGCUCCAUCCGGCGAGUCGUCAAAGCCCAAUUCCGCACCGAGCUCGAAGCCUUCGUCUAUUAAAUCUCACGACGGUGCCAAGAGGUCACCAGCUCUCACUGCCCAGGAUGGCGAUUCUGCGAGCGAAUCCUCACAUUUAAAACCCCAUUCAGACAGGUCCUCUGUCAAGGAACGCUUCACGCGUAUGUUCUCGAGUAAAGACCUCCCUAAGCUGAACAACGGCAAUGGUGAACAUGCUAGUCGACCUCGGGGCUCGUCCAUGAACGGUGGUUCAUCUCCUGCCUCGUCCCGCAAAGAGUCUUCCGAGCGACCCUCCGAAAAACCUCCCUCGAAUACGUCAAAGGUCAUACCCGGCAAGGACCUUGGAAACCGUUUUGCUUGCAACUCAGAAGUGCAAGGCGGCCACGAGCAUCAUUUAAAAUCCAGCCGACGACAGGAAAAGCUCUCUGACAUGUGGAGAUCUCUACUUGGAAAGAAACCAGAGGCAACACCUGAUGGCGAUCUUUCACUCGUAUCCAACUGGGUCGACUCACUGCGCCAAGAAAAAGACGAAGCUGCCGAUCGAAAAGGAGGACCAAAUGUGUCAUCAACCCUCGUCGAGAAGUAUGGAAAAUGCCAAGAAGUUGUUGGGCGCGGAGCCUUUGGUAUCGUUCGAAUCUCCCACAAGAAGUUGGGCGGCAGCGAAAAGUUGUUUGCAGUCAAGGAAUUUCGCCGACGCCCCGAAGAGACCGAAAAGAAGUACAGCAAACGCCUGACGGCCGAAUUUUGCAUAUCCUCAUCGUUGCGCCAUCCCAACGUAAUCCACACGUUAGACUUGUUGAAAGAUGCCAAAGGCGACUAUUGCGAGGUCAUGGAGUUCUGUGCUGGUGGCGAUCUUUACACGCUCAUUCUCUCUAGUGGCAAGCUAGAAGUUCAGGAGGCCGAUUGCUUCUUCAAGCAGAUGAUGCGAGGCGUAGAGUACCUCCAUGAAAUGGGCGUCGCCCACAGAGAUCUGAAGCCUGAGAACCUCCUCCUAACCACCAGGGGUGCGCUCAAGAUUACAGAUUUCGGCAACGGCGAAUGUUUCCGAAUGGCUUGGGAAACCGAUGCUCACAUGGUUUCCGGCCUGUGCGGUUCUGCCCCGUACAUAUCCCCCGAGGAGUACACUGACAAGGAAUUUGAUGCUCGCGCUGUCGACGUGUGGGCAUGCGGUGUCAUCUACAUGGCUAUGCGAACAGGUCGCCAUCUCUGGCGAGUGGCCAAGAAAGAAGAAGACGAGUUCUACGCCCGCUACCUCGAGGGCCGUCGCGACGAGGAGGGCUACGGCCCCAUUGAGUCACUCCACCGAGCAAGAUGUCGCAACGUCAUCUACUCAGUUCUCGAUCCCCAUCCCACCCGUCGCUUGACAGCUGCCCAGGUUCUCAAAUCUGAGUGGGUUCGCGAAAUAAAACUUUGCAAGGCCGGUGAGGAGGGCCUCUAA